AUGCUCACUGAAGGCUUCCGUGACGUACCUAGCCAUCUUUCCAAGUCAACCCAAAAGUGAUUGUUUUUCAAUUUUAGUCUUAUUUAAAUCAACUUUAUAUUAAUGUCAGAGCCACAGUCCGCACUUCUACUAAGAAAACAAUUAUCAGAACUGAAUAAAAACCCAGUGGAAGGGUUUUCAGCUGGCCUCGUAGACGACAAUGACAUUUAUAGAUGGGAAGUCCUCAUUAUUGGACCUCCGGAUACACUAUAUGAGGGAGGAUUCUUCAAAGCUCAUUUACAGUUUCCCAAAGAGUAUCCACUCAGGCCACCGAGGAUGAAAUUUAUUACAGAAAUAUGGCAUCCAAACAUUGAGAAGAACGGCGAUGUGUGCAUAUCGAUCCUGCACGAGCCUGGAGAUGACAAAUGGGGCUAUGAGAAAGCAUCGGAAAGGUGGCUUCCAGUUCAUACAGUUGAGACGAUUCUCAUCAGUGUUAUAAGUAUGCUGGCUGAUCCCAAUGACGAGAGUCCUGCCAAUGUAGAUGCCGCCAAAGAGUGGAGGGAAAGUUACACAGAAUUCAAACGAAAAGUAGCGAGGUGCGUCCGAAAAAGCCAAGAGGAAUGUUUGUAGGGGGAGAAAAAAGUAAUAUUCAAACGGAAAGACUUAUUUAAUUCUGGGAAGCCGCGUGCACUAUAAACUGCAAACUCAAGUUGAGCGAUUAUGCUCAGCGGACAAACAGUGCCACAGAAAGCGGAAAUACGCCUGUCCCAUCCUACAUAAUAACGAAAUAAAAAAACAAAGCAAAACAAAUUUUAAUAAUAAAAUACCAGAAUCUGAGGAAAGUGAGUUCUCUUCACUUUCUUACAGCGGCGGUUUUGAGUCCCUGGAUAAUGGGACUGCCGUUACCGGACAUACUGUUUAUCAAUAAACAAAGGGAAUGAAAAAGUACACUCGUAGCUCACCUUUUACACGAUAAACCAGAUAAAACUCAUGACCGACUAUACAUCAUGAUGAAACCGUGAACAAAAAAAUCAUCUGUACGAAUAAUUAUCUUAAAUAUUCAUAGUUGUUGUAAAACUCGACGAAAAUUCAAAUACCUCCCCCCCUCUCCUCCUUCCGGAUCUCCCCCUUACGUAAAAUCCCUCAGAGAGUAAAAUAUCGAACACACUCCGAAGAAAUUAAGCCCUCCCCUCCCCUAUCCUCGACUCUUAUUAAUUAUUUAAAGUAAUACUUUAUGUUUUAUUAUCAACAAUAAUUCCUUAGCGUCGUUUCGUAUUUUCUUACUUUCGUAUAAAUAAAAACUGAAUUUUUAUAAAUUCUAAAAAACGGAAUACAAUAAUCGUUGAUGUAAUAUGCCAGUGAAUGAUAAAGAAACGAAGAAACAUGGAAAAUAACAGAAAAACAUACGAAUUAUUAUUAAAUUAAUAACGAUACUGAUAAAGAAGAAUGAUGAAUGUAGCAUGAUGAACAAAUAUGGAAAAAUCAGCAACGAUAUUGAUCAAUGAUAUUAAGUAAAUUCUGCUGAAAUGUGUCAGUUGCCAAAUGAUGAGGAAAAAGUAAUAAACAUCCAACUCUAGAGUAACUUAAUUAUUAAUGAUGAAGGAGGUCAGCUAAAUGAAUUUAUUUUAAGUAUGAAGCACAGGUAAUAUAAUUUAAUAAUGAAUGGAAGAUAAUUAUUGCAUUCCCUUGAAGGUUUUUAGAAAAUUUCCCGGUUUAUUGAAUUCUGAGAUUUAUGGUGACAAUUUUUUUUAAGAUUUCAGUGGUCAUCAUUUUUACCACGAAAUACGCCAUUUUUAUUAUGAACACUAAUGGUUGAAGAAAUAAAAAGGAGAAACUUAUGUUUUUUUUUAA